AGCAAAGUUAGCCCCGGCGAUUGGCAGCAAUGGGUCCGCGACCUCCAUGAACAAGUCGUCGAAUUUCUCAAAUCGCCCGAAUUUCCAUCUUGGCUUGGGCUACCAAGCCAAAGUGCAUGCCGGAUGCUUGACUAUGCCUGUGGAGAUGGCAUCAUCUCUAAGGGGCUCAAGCAGUAUUUCUCCUCGAUUGUCGGUGUCGACGUCUCUGGUAGCAUGCUGGAUAAGUACCGGAAGACGGCCGCUGAUCUGAGCUGCAGCACUGACGAGAUGGUCGGUGUCCGCGGUGAUCUGCUGUCCGAUAACGUACAGCCGACGGACCCGCCGCUGCCUGAGGAAGUUUUGCGCAACUUUGACCUCGUCGUUAUCAGCAUGGCUCUGCACCAUUUUGAAGAUCCCGAGCGUGCCCUGCAGCGGCUUGCAACGCGUCUGAAGGUGGGCGGUGUGUUUAUGGUUGUAGACUGGACCCCUCUUGAUCUCAGCACACCAGCACAGCGCCAGUAUGAGGAGGAACUGAGGGAGAGUGGCGAGAGCUUGGAACCUGACGGCUUCACGGAAGCGGAUAUGGAGGGCCUGUUUAAGCAGGCUGGAUGCGGAGAGGUCAGAUGGAAGCUGGCAGAGCAGUUGAGCCCCGUUCCUGUUGCUGGUGCUAAAGGCCAGUUGUUCUGGGCUCGAGCACAGAAGUUAGCGUGA